CCUCGAUGGCUGCUCGAACCAUGGCGACGGUCGGGCAGGACAUCUUCAAGCCCACCAAGUUCGGCGGGAAGUACACGGUGACACUGAUUCCCGGUGACGGCAUCGGCGCCGAGGUGUCCGAGUCGGUCAAGGAGGUCUUCAAGGCGGACAACGUGCCCGUCGAGUGGGAGCAGGUCGACGUGUCGGGUGUCGAGACGGGCGACAAGCACUCGGAGGAGCUGCUCCGCGAGUCCAUCGCCUCGCUCAAGCGCAACAAGCUCGGCCUCAAGGGCAUCCUGCACACGCCCGUCGAGCGCUCCGGCCACCGCUCCUUCAACGUCGCCCUGCGCCAGGAGCUCGACAUCUACGCCUCCAUCGUCCUGCUCAAGAACAUCCCCGGCUACGAGACGCGCCACAAGAACAUCGACUUCUGCAUCAUCCGCGAGAACACCGAGGGCGAGUACUCGGGCCUCGAGCACCAGUCGGUCAACGGCGUCGUCGAGUCGCUGAAGAUCAUCACCCGCGAGAAGUCGGAGCGCAUUGCCAAGUUCGCCUUUGCCUUUGCGCUUGCCAACAACCGCAAGAAGGUCACCUGCAUCCACAAGGCCAACAUCAUGAAGCUCGCCGACGGCCUGUUCCGCAACACGGUCAAGCGUGUGGGCGAGGACUACCCCACCAUCGAGACCAACGACAUGAUUGUCGACAACGCCUCGAUGCAGUGUGUCUCGAGGCCGCAGCAGUUUGACGUCAUGGUCAUGCCCAACCUGUACGGAGGCAUUUUGUCCAACAUUGGCGCCGGUCUUGUUGGCGGUCCUGGUAUCGUUCCCGGAUGCAACAUGGGUCGCAACGUCGCCGUCUUCGAGCCCGGGUGCCGUCACGUCGGUCUCGACAUUAAGGGCAAGGGCCAGGCCAACCCCACUGCCUUGAUCCUGUCUUCCGCCAUGAUGCUGCGACACGUUGGUCUUGACGACCACGCCAACCGCAUCUCGCAGUCCGUCUACAAGGUCAUUGCCGAUGGCCAGGUCCGCACACGAGACAUGGGCGGCAACUCGACCACCAAGGAGUUCACUCGCGCUGUUCUGGGCCAGAUGGAGAAGGCAUGAGAAUACCACGACAUCUAUGAUGCUCAACUGGGGUCGUCCAUGUCUGGACGAUCUUUUCCUUGACGAUUGAAUGCUUUGGAUUGUACAACUGGGUCGGCCGGAGUGUGAAUAGCGCUGUACGUCUAGUUGGUAUAUAGCAUGGUGCAUGAUUGAAUUGACAUUGUUACUCCCUCUCCUCGUCGUGUCGAUACUAAAAACCCAUAACGCCUCGCUAUGCAUGACCGUUGUGAUGGUGGGUGGGUAUAUCUAGAACUGAAUCCUCCUCUUCCUGCCCGUGUACUUGGACGUGGCCUUGACGACUUUACCCUGUCCUUCCAUCUGCGUCUUCUUCUUCAGGAUCCACGCCUUGCUCCCCUUCUUCUCCUCCCCACGCUUCAUCCCCUUCAUCUUGCGACGCGCGUCCAUAACAUCAACCCCAUCCAUCCCACGCACCACACCCGUGAUAUCCCCAUCCAACUCCC